UCAUUAGUAAAUUCCACUCAAGACGAAACAUUGCUUGGGCGUGCAAACACACGCACAAAAAACCUGCACCAUCAUGUAUGGGUUCGUCAAUUUUUCUUACAUCCUUUCACAUCCUUUUUUUCUGUAGGGUAUAUUGAAAAAUUAGAGCAAUACCAUUAAAAAUAAUUUUUUAUAAAAAAGAGUUCAAAAAAAAAUUUCCAUAGUCUGCCUUUUCCAAAAGUUUAAACUUUAUUGAGAACAAGGAAAAUAAAAUGAACUGAAUUGAAUUUUGAGUCGAAUCCAAAUCCAGAAGAUAGGUCAGAAGAUAGACAGACAGUGAGAAACUUGCUCACUUCUUCCACCAACCAUGCUAGGCCACGGGAGUAACUGGUAUAUUACAUUUGUCGACUUUUCCGAACACCAAUCACAAUCGCAAAAAGAUAUGUGGCUCGUCAUUCUUUGUUUCGUCUUGCCGGCUAUCAUCUUUUUUGUUUUUGCAUUAAUUGCGUGGCUCCGAGUACUGCAGCUGAAUUAUAGACGGCGACGUGCGACUGAAGCAGCUGACCGAGAAGCAAAAAAGAAGGCGUCACAACUAGAAAGUCUCAUUACAAAAAAAGAUGGGAAAGUGAUUUGCCACAUACCUAUACAGGUGGAAGACAUUGAAACUGGGGCAAUGUUUCUCUACAAUUCAGAUGAAAACUUGGCAAUAAUUGGAGAAGAUGCAAAAAUUCCGCUUGUAGAGCAGCAGCUUGUGUGAAAUUGAUACUCACAAAUAUUUGAAAGUUACCCCUACCUUAAUUCAUAUCAUAAUCAUUAAAUUCAAAACAACAAAAGAUGUAUGCCCAUGUCUUGUUUUUCAGUAUUUCUAUUUUGCAUUCCCUGUGAUCUCCAAUUCUGGUAUGAGUGGCGCCCUCACAAUGAACUUAAUUGCAUUAUACGUUUUUUUCUAUCGAAGGUAUUGUUCAAUUUCUAAUUCUAAAGAGAGUAUGGUCUGUAAUUAAAAUUUGUUUCAUGCAAUCAAUCCUUUUAAGACUUGUAAAACAUUGGUCUCGUAUCAUUUUCUAAAUAUUGCUUUUUCAUUUUUCUUCCCUUCGAAAUUUUUUAUAAUAAUCUUGAUGUUACUUCUUUUUUUUGUAGCAUUUUUUUGAUAA